AUGUUUGUUUCAUGUAGCAAUUUGAUGAAUCUAAAGACAAUAAGUUCCAGAAGGUUGUUUCAGCUUCUAGACUUGUUUCUUGGGCUAUUCUUGCUCAUCAAAUUUGCUAAUGGCUCUAACCUAAGUGCACGAGAAGAUAGAAUCCUAUGCAAAGACAAGGAGAGACAAGCUCAACCGGAGUUGAAGCAAAGCCUGGUCGAUGAUCAUGGACCAUUUUCUUCUUGGGGAAUUCGUGAUUGUUGUCAGUGGAAAGGUCAUUUGAAUUUUCUAUAUCUCAGUGAUAAUGAUUUUGGGGGCAGUCAGUUUCCAGAUUUCAAUGGUUCCUUGAGCAGAUUAAGGUACCUAAACAUUGCCAAUGCUGGAUUAAGUUGGAGAAUACUUAACCAGCCGGGGAAUCUUUCAAGAUUGGAGUUCCUUGAUCUCGGUGGCAAUAAUUAUAGCGUUAUAAGCUUUGACUGGCUUUACCAUCUAUCUUUUCUAAAAUAUCUUGACCUUAGUUCCAACCAUGUUGGAGAAAACAGUUGGCUGAAAUUAGUGAAUAAGCUUCCUCUUCAUCUAGAGAAUUUGCAGUUGAGGUCGUGUGGCCUUCAUGGUAUUAUAUUGUCCCAACCUCUAAAUGGUUCUUUUGCAUCUCUUAUUAGAGUCAUUAAUGUCUCCAGAAACAGGCUUACUUCUUCUUCUGCAUUGAAAUGGUUGACCAAUAUAAGUAGCAACCUUGCUGAACUUAACCUUGAAUAUAAUAACUUGAUCCAAGCCUCAUUGCCUCGGUGCAUAGAGAGUUCAUUGGAGAUUUUCAACUUGGAUUGGAACAGCCUUCAUGGCUUUAGUCUAGCUUCUUCCAAGCUUGUUGUCUUGGUCCUGGAUGGCAACCAACUUACUGGUCCAUUACCUAAUUUCUGUAAUAAUGCUUUCAUGUCUUUGGAAGAGUUGGAUAUCAGUCACAACAGGUUCAACGGGACAGUGACUGAAAGUUUGGGGUGCUUGUCUAGGCUUAAGCAUUUGCUUGCUUCUCGGAAUUCCAUAGAAGUGCUGGAAUUUCAGACACCAUACCUGUUUGGUUAUGGGACAUCUCCGUACUUGUAUUUCUUGAAUCUCUCUAAUAACCAGAUGAGUGGCAUUCUGCCAGACCUAUUAUCACCCAACACUCUGCUCAUCACUGAAAUGGACUUGAGUUCUAACAUGUUUGAUGGUUUGUUGCCACUCUUACCUUAUAUUAAUGUGUUGAAUCUUGCCAAAAAUAGGUUCACCGGAUCGCUUGAUCCUUUUUGUAAGAUCACAAGUAAGUAUUUGACUUUUCUUGAGGUUUCUGGUAAACUUUUGUCUGGAGAGCUUUCUGAGUGCUUGUUUCCUUGGAAACAACUUCUAGUUCUGAAUUUAGAUAAUAACAACUUCUCAGGGGAAAUUCUUACAUUUUUGGGAUCACUGUUUUCACUUAAAGCUCUUAAUUUACAUAAUAACAAUUUCUCUGGAGAGAUACCUCUAUCUUUGAAGGAUUGCUACAACUAUGUUGAAAAUGCAAGGGUUAGAUGGAAAGGAAACGAGUAUGAAUAUGAAAGAUAUCUUGGACUGUUCAGAGUCAUUGAUCUUUCAAGCAACGAAUUAACUGAAGAGAUUUCCAAUGAGAUAACAAGUCUGCUUGAACUGGUUGCACCCAACUUGUCUAGAAAUGGUUUGACUGGUUUGAUCCCUCACAACAUCAAUCAGUUGAAACAAUUAGAGUCACUUAAUUUGUCAGAAAACCAUUUGUCAGGUAUAAUCCCGGUCACCAUGGCUGAUUUAACUUUCUUGAGUUACUUGGACUUGUAUAAUAACUUGUCAGGAAGAAUCCCAUUAAGCACUCAACUCCACACUUUUGAUGCUUCAGCAUUUGUUGGUAAUGCUUUAGCAUUUGUAGGUAAUCAGGCACUUUGCGGGUCUCAAGUUACGGUGCAAUGCACAGAAGAUAAUACGAAUCCGAACAAACCAGAUCAUAAUAAGCUUGAAAACGGAGAUGAAUUCAGGAAAUGGUUUUAUGCACGAAUGAGAGUUGGAUUCUAG